CUCUGACGUGGCCAUCAAUCUUCAGAUUUUCUUCUUCUUCUAAUUUAAAUACUCAACAACCACUCUUCACUUCACCAUCAGCAUCACUAAACUCGAACCCUAAAGAAAAACAAAAAUGGCUGCCAUAGCUUCUACUCUCUCUCUUUCUUCAACCAAACCUCAGAGACUUUUCGAUUCUUCCUUCCAUGGCUCAGCCAUCUCCGCAGCUCCUAUCUCCAUCGGUCUCAAACCACGAUCUUUCUCCGUUCGCGCCACAACCGCUGGUUACGACUUGAACGCUUUCACGUUCGACCCGAUCAAGGAAUCGAUCGUGUCACGUGAGAUGACGAGAAGGUACAUGACGGAUAUGAUCACUUAUGCUGAGACUGAUGUCGUCGUCGUUGGUGCUGGAUCUGCUGGUUUAUCUGCUGCUUAUGAGAUCAGUAAGAACCCUAAUGUUCAAGUUGCCAUUAUUGAGCAAUCUGUUAGUCCUGGUGGUGGUGCUUGGCUCGGUGGUCAGCUUUUCUCCGCCAUGAUUGUUCGCAAACCAGCUCACUUGUUCCUUGACGAGAUUGGUGUGGCUUACGAUGAGCAAGACACCUACGUUGUGGUUAAGCACGCGGCUCUGUUCACAUCAACCAUCAUGAGCAAGCUUUUGGCUCGUCCUAAUGUGAAGCUCUUCAACGCUGUGGCUGCUGAGGAUUUGAUUGUGAAAGGAAACAGAGUUGGUGGUGUGGUGACUAACUGGGCUCUUGUGGCUCAGAACCACCACACACAAUCGUGUAUGGACCCUAAUGUUAUGGAAGCGAAGAUUGUGGUUAGCUCUUGUGGUCAUGAUGGUCCUUUUGGAGCUACUGGUGUUAAGAGGUUGAAGAGUAUUGGGAUGAUUGAUCAUGUUCCUGGGAUGAAAGCUUUGGACAUGAACACUGCUGAGGACGCUAUUGUGAGGUUGACCAGAGAGGUUGUUCCUGGUAUGAUUGUUACCGGUAUGGAAGUUGCUGAGAUCGAUGGUGCACCGAGAAUGGGACCAACUUUUGGUGCUAUGAUGAUAUCGGGACAAAAGGCGGGACAACUUGCUCUUAAGGCUUUGGGGCUACCGAAUGCUAUUGACGGAACUCUCGUUGGAAACCUAAGCCCGGAGCUGGUCUUAGCCGCAGCAGAUUCAGCUGAAACCGUAGAUGCUUAAAAUCAAAAGGUUUUAACGUUAAGAAAAGUUUCCCUUGAUCCUUCGGAUGUUGAAGGAGUGCAAUAAAAGGAGUUUAGGUGUUUAAUAUGUCUUGAACUUUUCUGGUGUCUUUGUUUCUCUCUUCUGAACUUCUGUGUAAAAUAUCGUAUCCGUUCAUUCGUAAUGCGUAUGUUCUCGUUCUUCUCCUUCUUUAUGGCUCUAGUACAAGCAGCUUUCUCGUUGUCGUUGGCAAUACAAAAUCUGUCUAAAUUUGAGGGAUGAGAUUAGUGUUGGAUGUCGGAUUCUUGUCUUCAAUUCUGAUUCUUAUCCUUGAAGAAAUUAUGUAUAGAUAGAGCUAUUCAAUGUCUAUAGUUUCUCUGCUGAUGAAAGAACGAAGAGUUUUAUGAUUUUAGAUUCAGAGAACAGAGGAAAACUGUGAAAUAGAAAGAAAAAAGUUUUUAC